AUGGCUCGCGGGCUGCCGGUGCCCGGCCGCAGCGGGGCUCAUCCCCUCCGUACUCCCCAGUUCCCUGGCAGCCCGCUAACGAGGGCAGGAGGAGGAGGAGCCCUCUCCGCCUUCCCGCCCACGGAGGGCGAGCCCUCAGGCGGCGGCGCCCUUGUCCGUCGUGAGGUGCUGCCGCCGGGUGGCCCUCAGCGGCUCUUUCUCAACCCCGCCUGUCAGAUGUCUGAAAAGGACUGUGAUAAUGAGAGUUGCUCUGCUCUUAACGUGCCAGAUUUCAACAAUGCUUUGGAGGAUUUCCAGAAACUAGUUGAAAAAACAGUAACACAGAAGACAGAGGAAAGAUUAGGCUUGUAUAUUAAAGAUGAUGAUGAGAUAGACUAUGAUAAGUUCUAUACAACCACACAGACGCUUUUUGGCCCAGAAGUUAAGGAUCAUAAUGUUAAAGCCUUUUUCAGGAAGAUUAGCAACAACCUUGACGCAAGAACAGAAUGGUGUGAGAUUUUUGGCUAUUUCAUAGGAGAAAGUAGUGCCGUGUCUUCCCAGGUUCAAGAAGAAAACAUGGUUUUCCUUGUAUCUGAAAAACAGCAGAUUACUCAUCCAGUUGUCAAGAGACGAGAUGUGAUUAAAAGCAUAGUGAAGGUGCCCCAUCUGGAUUUCACAGUAACAUCCUCUCAGAAAGGAGUGCUAACUGUUUUUAACAAACAGAUGAGGGUUCUGGCAACCACCAAUGUUGAAGAUACUGCUUGGAUCACUGGAUGUGAUUUCCUAACUCAGAUGGAAUGUGUUGUGGCUGUAACUGAAAGGACAAUCAUCGUCUGGGACUAUAAAUCAAAAGGAAGUCAGGUAAAUAAUUACUUUAUCAUCAAACCAAUGGAAAAUAGUCUGCUCUGUGUUUGCACGGUGACUAUGUCAGAUCACCUGGAUGAGGAUAAUAUCAUAAUGGGAGAUGAUAAGGGUUAUGUCCACCUGCUUAAAAUGACCAGUGAUCACUUUGGAUUGAAACAAUGUAAAGGCAAAAAGGAAUCACAGGUUCAGAUUUUGGAUUCCAAAAAUUUUAACAUUGUUAAACGCAAGCUACAUGAUGACUGGGUUGUGAAAGUUAAGUACAUUUCUGACCUAAAUUGUUUUGGAUCCUGCUCCUCAGACAGUAUUCAUUCAUUUGUUUUGGAUGACAUAAAGAGACUAGAAGAUAGCUUACCUGUAAAGGAAUUUUCUGUCCCUAGAGGGGUGAAUGCCUUCACAUAUUGUGGAAAAGCAAAAGUCAUUGUCACUGGAGGUCAUGACAAAUUCCUUCGUUUGUGGCAUCCUUGUAUUAAUAGCAGGCCUACAGGGAAGCUAUCAGGACACCGACAUAGUGUUGUGGAAAUUGUGACCGAUGAAAAAGAUCAGUAUGUUAUCAGCCUUUCUUCUGCAAAGAUUUUUCGAGUGUGGGAUAUACAGACCCUUUCAAUGCUUCAGGUCUUUCAUGAUAAUCAAGGGAUUCCUGGAGAGUUGGAGACCCUUGCCAUGGUAUUUGACAAUGAUCAUGGCACACUGAUCACAGGUUCAGCUGUCAUUGAUAUUUAUCCCCUAACUCACAUGAUACAAGAUACAAAACAGGUUCCACAAACACAUAAGAAAAGCAUCAAUGUUCUGGCUUACAACAGGGCUUUUCACCAAAUCCUCACUAUCUGCUCUCAGUCAAUACUGAAGGUCUGGGACCUAGAAACAGGGUAUCAAAUAUAUCAGAUUGAAGAUGCACAUGGGCUGAAUAUUGAAGUGACCUGUGCAGCCAUUGAAAUAAAUGGUUUUUAUCUUGCUACUGGGGCAUGUGAUGGAACAGUGAAAAUCUGGGAUUUUGGAAGUGGACAGGAAGUUAAAGCCUUGCCUUUGGCCCAGCACAGCAAAGAUGAGCAUCGUCUGCUGAAGCUAGUUUAUCUGAAGGCUAGUGAGAGUCAACAUGCAAUUCUUGUUUUAGAGCAAAGUGGGAAGAUGAAAAUCAUUCAGGGUAAUGAAAUUAAAAUAUGUCUAGAAGUUACAUGGGUGCUUCCUGAGGCAGUGUUGUUUCUACAAAGGAAUCCAGUUGAGUUUCUUAAACUGAAGCCUGACACCUUACAAAAACAUGAUUUUUUUCCGGAUAUUCAGCUGCCAUCUGACACCAGUACUCUGAGCAAUGAUACAGAGUGUUUUGUACCUUCUGUGGAAAUGAAGUGCUUUGAUGUUUUAAAAGUAGAAGGAUGCAGUUUGAUAACUACAGGAAGUGCAAACGGUGCAAUAAUUUUGUGGGAUUUUGAAUCUGCUUCUGUCAGAUCAGAAAACACACCUAGGUAUAAGAAUAUCCAGUAUAUGAAGACAAAUAUGAAGACGAAUAUACAGUUACCCAAAGGUGUAUCAGAAUAUUCACCAAUACUGGCCUCUGCUCACGAAAAUGGCUGUAUCUACCUAUGGAAUAUUCAGGGAAGCUUACUGAAAGAAAUUUUGCCAUUUUCAAGAUAUCCUCCAGUUCCUCUGACAGCAUUAUGUACAGACAUCUCUACUAAAAUGCUCCUGGCAGGCAGUAAGGGAACAGAGGGACAUAUUAUGCGCUGGAGCAUUGUGUCAUUCUUAGAAGAUCCACAAAAUAGUAAAAGACAAAUAAAGGAGGAGCUCUGCUGGAGGGCACAUUCUACUGAAGUGGUUGGCUUAUUUCAUGAAGAGGAGAAAAAUGUGGUAGUGACGGCAUCUGUUGAUGGUUCAGUCAGACUCUGGCAUGCCACGAAUGGAUGCUAUCUUGGUUACUUCGGACAGCCCAGGAAGUUUGAAUUAUCAGAUAUCAGUCGGUCGAUUUUGCCUUGUGAUGUUAAUAGCUUUCCUAUUAUAAUUAAAGAGGAAAGCAAGCAUAUGGAAAAUAAAAAGAAAUUUAAAUAUCCUCUAAUGCUGGACAGGGACAGCUGGAAAUCAUUGACCAGAUCACCUUCAAUUUUAAGAAAGUCCAGGGAUAUCGACAUAAUUCAAGACUUGAAGUUUUUCAAAGCUUUGGCUUCUCCAAAGAUCCACAGACAACCUUUGGAAAUUUUUGAGUCAGGAAACAGAGAAGCUGGUGCAGUAUUUGGGUCUCUUCCCAUAUAUGAGGUAAGCACAAGUGUUUUCUUUUCCACCUUUUGCACAUUAAUGCAGCAGAAGCCAUUAGCACUAGUAAAUGGUUAUAAUCACAUACUUGGACAUUUUAUUUUUAAAUGCUUCUCAAUUUAA